AUGAAGGAGAGACGGGCCCCCCAGCCAGUCGUGGCCAGAUGUAAACUGGUUUUGGUGGGGGACGUGCAGUGUGGGAAGACGGCGAUGUUACAGGUGUUAGCGAAGGACUGCUACCCCGAGACCUACGUGCCCACCGUGUUUGAGAAUUACACAGCCUGCCUGGAGACAGAGGAGCAGAGAGUGGAGCUCAGUCUCUGGGACACCUCAGGAUCCCCCUACUAUGACAAUGUCCGUCCACUCUGCUACAGUGACUCGGACGCAGUGUUACUGUGCUUUGACAUCAGCCGUCCGGAGACAGUGGAUAGUGCACUCAAGAAGUGGAGGACGGAAAUCCUAGAUUAUUGCCCCAGCACCCGUGUUUUGCUUGUUGGCUGCAAGACAGACCUGCGAACAGACCUGAGCACCCUGAUGGAGCUGUCCCACCAGAAGCAGGCACCCAUCUCCUACGAGCAGGGCUGUGCAAUAGCCAAGCAGCUGGGUGCGGAGAUCUACCUGGAAGGCUCUGCUUUCACCUCGGAGAAGAGCAUCCACAGCAUCUUCCGGACGGCAUCCAUGGUGUGUCUGAACAAGCCCAGCCCCACGCCCCCAAAGAGCCCCGCCCGGAGCUUCUCGAAGCGCCUGCUCCACCUCCCCAGCCGCUCUGAACUCAUCUCCUCCACCUUCAAGAAGGAAAAGGCCAAGAGCUGCGCCAUUAUGUGA